AUGCGCCGAGUACGAGCGGAAAUCGGCACUGCUGGAGUCAAUGAAGACGAUGAUGCUGCCCAAUACCUACUCGAGGAAUUGAAUUCAAUCCGGCGAUCAAAGAGUGAUCGUGUCAGCCAAAAAGUAACCAGUCGAGGUGAUCUAUGGCCGCAAAGGGCCUCCUUGUCUUUGUAUUCCUUUCUAGAAGGAUCGCGCAGCUGGGCAAGCAAGCUGGUCGGAGGCCAUAACCGAAACCCUGCAAAUCAUGCAGGUCGAAGACGACCUUUGUCUGUUCGCUCUGUGAAUGAAUUGGGCGAUUCCGAUAUAUCUUUGGAGAUUCGAAAGAGAAGAGGCCCCGGAAACGCUGGAAACCAGUCUCCUAACCGUAACGGCAAGGGCCCUAAAGACAAAUCCGACUUUGCAAAUCCACAUGGAAAUUGGAACGGAAACCCUCCUGGUCUCGCUGGCCCUGCUGAUCCACCUAGUUUUGGUCCGCCACCGGGAAUUCAGCCUCCGCCUAAUGCCCCGGAACCGCCGCCGCCCAUGUCUUUGACUGACCAGAUAACCGCCUCGACGAUAGUACCCAUUGGUACCCAAACCACUCAGCCAUCGGUACCAACCCUUUACAUACAGACGAAAACCGUCGUUUCAAAAAUGGGAGAAACAACAGGGCCUGGCGACAUUCCCAGCAGUCCGUUUGAUACGACUCCAUCUUCAACUUCAAGUCCUGGCAAUUCAAACAACAUUCUCCACGAUCCUGCUCGUGUUGCCAGUCUAGCUGUUGGUGUUACGAUCGCCUCACUUAUGCUCCUGACUGUUAUUGGUUGGUUGAUACUGAGAUGUUUUAGAAAGCGGAAAUAUCGAAACAAAUAUCCUGUUUAUCAAAUGACUCGACCCGGUGAACUAGAUGGAUCGUGGGCCAACGAGAAGGACCAGACUUCAAAGACGGGUGGAGGGUUUGAAUGGGAUCCAGAAUCUACGUUCGCGCCACCUUUCUCAAAGCAACAACCAUUUGGCCAUUCACGAGGCCGUUCAUCUGCUUCAUUAAUAUUUCAACGUAUUUUAAAGCACACCCGGAUACCCUCACAGAGGAGAUCAGCUCAGUUCAAUCCUUUAAUACACGAUAAACCGUUGCCGAAACCCCCCGACACCGAAUCCCAGCUAUCCCAAACGGAGCACGAUUCUAUCGUGAAUGAUUUACCAGAUAUGCCCGAAAUGCCCGAAAAAUCGCGUGCCACAAUCAGCACAAGAUCCUCAGAAGCAUUCCAUCUUGACCUUCCAUCUCCGCGACACUACUUCCAACAAGACCGGAAAGGACCGGGCCGUGGAAGUAUUUCGAAAUUCUCGUGGUCAACACCAACUACAAAGUCAACGUCAAUCGCGUCGGUCGCUCCGACGUAUCGAUUACCUUCGUUAACAAGCAACUAUGCGGGUACGAUAUUCUCGGACGACAGCGAACCGCCCCAUUUUCGAACCACGUCGAGUUGGGUUCUGCAUCAACAAGCCCGAAUUUCGAGGCGGAAAUGGGUUGAUUUGGACUACCCAAUGUCACCAACGGCAGUGGCGAGUACUCCCAGAACAAGACAAAACUCAGACUGCCUUACCCCGAAAGAGAGGCCACCGAAAAGGCUCUCAGAGGAGACACUCAAUUAA